UAGAAUAAUAACAUAACCUCUAAAAAACGGUUUGUGACUGUUAUUUGAACAAAACAUUAGAGAAAUCGGUUUACAGUUUAGUGCAGUAAGAUGUUCAACCAAAUGACAGCAGCCGGGGGCAACCCCAACAAAGAUCUGGAGGUCGCAUCGCCGCCCGACGACACCGUUUCGGCCCUCGAGUUUUCCCCGCCUUCGGUACCGCAAACAUUCCUUAUCGCCGGUUCAUGGGACUGUCGGGUAAGAUGUUGGGAGGUGGAAGCGUCUGGGAAGACAGUGCCCAAAGCUGCACAAGGCAUGGACGGGCCCAUCCUCGAUGUAGCCUGGCAUGAUGAUGGAUCCAAAGUGUUCAUGGCCUCAACGGACAAAAGUGUCAAAUGCUGGGAUCUGGCGGCCAAUCAGACCAUUCAGGUAGCGGCCCACGAUGCGCCGGUGAAGACGUGCCACUGGGUCAAGGCCCCCAACUACACCUGUCUCAUGACCGCCUCCUGGGACAAGACCCUGAAGUUCUGGGACACUCGCAGCUCUCAGCCAAUAAUGAGUAUGAAUCUGUCCGAAAGAUGCUAUUGUGCCGAUGUGGACUACCCGAUGGCGGUGGUGGGCACGGCGGACCGCGGCAUCUGCCUGUACACGCUCGAGGGCAAGCCGGCCGAGUUCAAGAGGAUCGAGUCCCCGCUGAAGCACCAACAUCGGUGCAUAGCCAUCUUUAAGGACAAGAAGACUAAGCAACCGGCAGGGUUCGCACUGGGUUCGGUAGAGGGCAGGGUGGCCAUACAGUACGUCAACCCGACAAACCCGAAGGAUAACUUCACGUUCAAGUGUCACCGGUCGGCGGGGACCACUGGUGGAUAUCAGGACAUCUACGCCGUGAACGACAUCGCGUUUCACCCCGUGCAUGGCACCCUGGCCACCGUGGGCUCCGAUGGCUCCUUCUCCUUCUGGGACAAGGACGCGCGCACGAAGCUAAAGUCGUCAGAACUACUUGAGCAACCGCUAACGCGCGCCGCGUUCAACCACAACGGACAGAUAUUCGCGUACGCCGUCGGAUACGACUGGUCCAAGGGUCACGAGCAUUUCAACCCGGCUAAGAAGAACUUUAUCUAUCUGCGGGCGUGCUACGAAGAGCUCAAGCCUCGCACCAACUGAUUCACUUCGCUGCCGUCUUUCAACGCGUGAGCGACGUCAGUGACGUCAUGUGACGUUGGCAUGACGUUAGCCUCG